AUGCCGUCCGCUACCGGGAAUAGCUGGGAAAAGUACAAGAAAGAGUUUGCGGAUGAUGAGAUAGAAGAGAAGAAGAUCACACCUUUGACGGACGAGGAUAUCCAAGUCCUAAAGACAUAUGGUGCAGCUCCGUACGCAGCCCCCCUCAAGAAGCUCGAGCAGCAGAUCAAGGAGAAGCAGAACAGUGUAAAUGAGAAGAUUGGCGUCAAGGAAUCAGAUACGGGGUUAGCACCACCACAUCUCUGGGAUGUCGCUGCAGACCGUCAACGAAUGUCCGAAGAGCAACCUUUACAAGUUGCCCGGUGUACCAAAAUUAUUCAAGAUGAGAAGGAGCCAGAGAAGAGCAAAUAUGUCAUCAACGUCAAGCAAAUAGCCAAGUUCGUGGUUAACCUCGGAGAGCGUGUCAGUCCAACGGAUAUUGAGGAGGGUAUGAGAGUUGGUGUCGACCGAAACAAGUACCAAAUCCUUCUCCCCUUGCCACCAAAGAUCGAUGCCAGUGUUACCAUGAUGACAGUAGAGGACAAGCCAGAUGUUACAUACGGUGAUGUUGGAGGAUGCAAGGAACAAGUAGAGAAGCUCCGUGAAGUCGUCGAGAUGCCACUGUUAUCACCAGAACGAUUCGUCAACCUUGGUAUCGACCCACCCAAGGGUGCCCUGCUCUACGGUCCUCCAGGAACCGGAAAGACUCUUUGCGCCAGAGCCGUCGCGAAUAGAACAGAUGCCACGUUCAUCAGAGUCAUUGGAAGUGAGCUUGUGCAGAAGUACGUUGGAGAGGGUGCAAGAAUGGUGCGCGAGCUUUUCGAGAUGGCAAGGACGAAGAAGGCUUGCAUUAUUUUCUUUGAUGAAAUUGAUGCUAUCGGAGGUGCUCGGUUUGAUGAUGGUGCUGGAGGAGAUAAUGAGGUCCAAAGAACCAUGUUGGAGCUUAUUACCCAACUAGACGGUUUCGAUGCACGUGGAAACAUCAAGGUUAUGUUCGCUACCAACAGACCUUCAACGCUAGAUCCCGCUCUCAUGAGACCCGGACGUAUCGACCGAAAGAUUGAAUUCUCCCUCCCAGAUCUCGAGGGAAGAGCGAACAUUCUCCGAAUUCACGCCAAGAGCAUGUCCGUUGAGCGAGAUAUCAGAUGGGAGCUUAUUUCACGUCUCUGCCCUAACUCGACUGGUGCUGAACUGAGAAGUGUGUGCACGGAGGCGGGCAUGUUUGCUAUUCGUUCGCGGAGGAAGGUUGCUACAGAGAAAGAUUUCUUAAGUGCGGUUGACAAGGUUAUCAAGGGUAACUUGAAGUUCAACUCUACUGCUACUUACAUGCAAUACAACUAG